GGAAGAGAACUAUUAUACCUUCCCUUACCCUUUUCUGUGUGUUGGGAAAACAUGGUUUCUUUCCUUUCUUCCUCUUCUUCUUCCAAGAUGUCGGCCAUGGUCGCCCUGUUGUUUCUUGUGUCCUUUGCUGUGUGUUCGGCGAUGGACAUGUCGAUCAUCAGCUACGAUGAGAAACACGGAAUGCAGACAGGCUCUAGCUUGAGGAGCCACGACGAGUUAAUGGCUCUGUACGAAUCUUGGCUGGUGAAGCACGGCAAAAAUUACAACGCUUUAGGAGAAAAAGAAAAGAGGUUUGAGAUCUUCAAGGAUAACCUCAGGUUCAUCGAUGAGCACAACGCCGAGAGCCGUACCUACCAGGUUGGCCUUAACAGGUUCGCCGAUCUGACCAACGAGGAGUACAGAGCUACCUAUUUGGGCACCAAGAUCAACCUUAAGCACCGCUUAUCAAGGCCUAAAAGCGACCGUUACGCUUUCCGGGCCGGUGAUAGCCUGCCGGAUUCCGUCGAUUGGAGGGAAAAAGGUGCCGUCGCUGAUGUCAAAGAUCAAGGCAGUUGCGGGAGUUGCUGGGCGUUCUCGACAAUUGCUGCGGUGGAAGGAAUUAACAAGAUUGUGACGGGAGAUCUGAUAUCGUUGUCGGAGCAGGAGCUGGUGGACUGCGAUAACUCGUACAACCAGGGAUGCAACGGAGGACUCAUGGAUUACGCCUUCGAAUUCAUCAUCGGCAAUGGUGGUGUCGAUUCCGAAACCGAUUACCCUUACAAAGCUGCCGAUAGCAAAUGCGAUGUGUAUAGGAAAAAUGCUAAGGUUGUUACCAUCGACAGUUAUGAGGAUGUUCCUGAAAACGACGAGUUGUCAUUGAAGAAGGCCGUGGCCAAUCAACCUGUCAGUGUUGCCAUUGAGGCUGGUGGUCGCGCUUUCCAAUUCUAUCAAUCUGGUGUAUUCUCAGGAACAUGCCGGACAGCGCUUGAUCAUGGUGUGGCUGCUGUUGGUUAUGGCACAGAGAAUGGUGUUGACUACUGGAUUGUGAGGAACUCAUGGGGUUCCAGCUGGGGUGAAAAUGGGUACAUCAGGAUGGAGCGUAAUUUGGAAGGUACUGCUACUGGCAAGUGUGGAAUUGCCAUGCAAGCCUCUUACCCAAUCAAGAAGGGUCAGAACCCCCCUAACCCUGGCCCUUCUCCUCCCUCUCCGGUGAAGCCACCAACUGUUUGUGAUAAUUACUACACCUGCGAAGAAAGUAGCACCUGCUGCUGUGUCUACGAGUAUGGUAACUAUUGCUUUGCAUGGGGAUGCUGCCCUCUUGAAUCUGCCACAUGCUGUGAAGACCACUACAGCUGCUGCCCAGAAGAGUACCCCGUCUGUAAUGUUGAAGCAGGGACUUGCCUAACGAGCAAGGACAACCCAUUGGGAGUCAAGGCAUUGAGGCGCACCCCUGCUAAACCUUUCUGGAAUUAUGAGGGAGCUGGACGCAGGAUGGGUAGCAGUGCUUGAGAUGGAUUUUCGGCUUUCUGGGCCAGAAAGUUUGAAUAGUGAGAGGAAAUGCACAGUGAAGGAUUGCUGUUGUGCUUGUUGCUGAAAGUGGUGGAAUAUUCACCCGCAUGCUAGCAUGCAUGCCAUUAUACCUGCAUCCUGGUCUAAGAUUGCAGAUGGGUUGUACAUAAACUUUAUAUUUCAGAACAAAAUUAUUGUUAGCUUCGCAUUACAUUCUCUGUAAAUCCAGUGUCAUUUCCCAUUGAUAAUUCAGUUAAGUUUCGCCAUUGAUCA